AUGCAGGCAAUCCCUCGAAACGCCCCUGGGUCUUACAUUGAUUUUAAACUGUCCCCAACUAUCACUACAUUUGCUCGCUUGGCAUCCCUACAAAAGCCAUCCGUUGCUGAUACUAUUGAGUCGGUUAACUUGAAUACUGACAACUUGAUGGACUUCCUUUCCAUCGACUUCGCUCGUGCGUUGAAGGAUUUUGCCGCAGUUUUGAAUGAUUUGAAGCGACUUGCGACGCUAGGGGACUUGCCGUUAUCGCUCCACGAUCAAUCUACCUUACGGGUACGAUUUCCCGGCUGCGAUGUGGAAUCUGUCGAACGCUUAUGUGACGAAGUAGGCGUUCAAAGAGGCGUCAUCCGCCAGGAUGAGGAUUUUGAGACACGAAAUGGAACUGAAAUGGCACUUUUGUUUCCAUUUGCGCCCAGCCACGUAGAAUCUGAUUCAGAACUGUUUCCAGUUGCUAACUACCGCCAUAAAUCUCCCGACAUGUUGAACUGGCGCCAUAUGAUGCUUUCUGAGGAAUUGACAGAAUCCUCACCUGUGUGUAUAAACGCUCGUGUGCGUGGCCCCAACACCUCUCUCGUCAUAUACCCACCGCUAAGGCCAUUACCCACCGUUGGUAGGGAUAUCGGACACCCUUCUAAGAACAAACGAGACGGAGAGAGUGUGAGAGGAGAAAAAGACAUGGAGGAAUUCAAUAGUGAGACUGAAAGCGACUACACAAGUUACUGGAGAGACUGGUUCAUUUCAUCACGAGGGAACGAAUACUUUUGUGAGAUCGACGAAGAGUACCUUACGGAUCGAUUUAACCUGACGGGCUUGAAUAACGAAGUUCAGUAUUAUCAAUAUGCCCUCGAUUUAGUGACGGAUGUUUUCGACCUCGACGCAGAUGAUGACCUGCGAGAGCAAAUCGAGAAAUCAGCUCGACAUCUCUAUGGACUCGUUCACGCCCGAUACAUUGUCACAACACGAGGGUUAGCCAAAAUGUUGGAAAAAUACAAGAAAGCCGAUUUUGGUAAAUGUCCGCGAGUUCUCUGCAACCAACAUCCCCUUCUCCCUAUGGGCCUAUCAGACCUACCAGGCGAGAAAUCGGUCUCACUCUACUGCGCCAAAUGCGAAGAUAUAUAUAAUCCGAAAUCAUCCCGACACGCCUCUAUCGACGGCGCAUACUUCGGCUCAUCAUUUCACAGCAUCCUCUUUCAAGUCUAUCCUGCAUUCCUCCCCGAAAAGUCCCUACGUCGAUACGACCCGCGAGUCUUUGGAUUCCGCGUUCACGCCAGUGCGGCGCUGUCAAGAUGGCAAAAUCGAAAACGAGAUGAGAUGAAGGUCCGACUACGGAAACACAAGUUGGAGAAUCCCUUUGUGGAAGAUAGGGAGUUUGAGGAAGAUGAGGACGGUAUCGCUGACUCGGGGAUUGGGGAGCUUGAUGGCAAGGUUCCCGCUGCCAUCGCUGAAGGGGGGAGGGCUGUUCUUGACAAGGGACGAAUGGAUAUUGGCGCUUGA